UAAAGUCACGGGAUUGAAAUCGUUUUUCUAAUGAGAUCCAAAUACCAGAUAACGUUUUCGGUCACAUAACAUCAAAUAAAGAAAAAGUAAUCAUUUUCUUGAAAAAUAUUUUCUCGAAAAGUAUUUUUCGUUAUCAUGAAGUUUUUCCCGAAAUGAAACUUAGGAUAAUUUCUCUCGUUCGUGAUUGAUUGUUCUCCUUAGGAAAAUGACCCCCAUUAAUGUUGACCGUGUGUGAAAAUCUGGAAGACCGAGUUAGGUAGGAAAAGCCCAAUUUCAGUAUAUGCUUAUUGUGAGGAAAUUGCUUACAUACCUCAUAACAUGGAGAUGUGACGAUCACAUGGUAACUAAUGCCAACACAAUUAAGGCUGCAAAAUCACAAUAGAUUAAUUUAAUCAUCCUCCGUUUCCGCACGAGGCUUAAAUCGGGUCGAUACAACCAUGUCAGAAGGAUCCGUAGCCUCAUAUAAGCUACCGCCUAUCGUCUAGAAUGUCGGUCGAUUUUAUUCCCGCAUCGAUUAUUGUUCGCGGGUCAUCAAGCUCAAACUUUACUCGAUCCAAUAGAUACGCGUAUAUUAUUUAUCUUAUCCCUACCAUUAAUUCAAAAUAGCAUAUGUUGUUUCAUUUCUUAAUUUUGUUAAUGAAAUCUAUAAAGCAUUCAUCCAAAUUAAGCUAUUUCCUAGCAUCUAAGGCUUUCCAUCGUCCAUUCUAUCAAACACCGCCCUAUUCCAAUUUCUCCUGAUCCUCUCUUUUCUUUCGCACAGAACUUGUGCACAUGCCCACAUCAUCCUAACAAUAAUUUAAUUCCAACAAAUUAGAAAUGGGCAAAUCAGAGCGAUCCCACACACGUGUCACCUACGUGUCCGUGACACCUCACCUCGUGCCCCCAAGCCCCAAACGCUCCUGCGAACGCCACGUGGCAGCUGUCCCGGAGGAUGGGGCCCUAUAGAUACGUUCGAUCGGGCCAUUCCUCCGACUUCAUCGUCCUACACCAAACCUUUGCGUUUCCUCUCCAAAUCUAUCAUCUUUCACGAAUUCCCGUUCGCUCGUAAAACCUCCGCUCAUUACUCCGAAUCGCCCUGUAACAUGGCCCUCGGCAUCGGAAUCCCGAUAUGCGUGCAAUGCGGGACGGCGAGCAACCCGUGCCGGUGCAAGGUGGUGGGGCCGACCGUGGGCUUCCUGGCCUUCGCGGCCGCGGCCGUUGUCGAGUGGCCCGUCGGGGCCCUCGUCUACUGCUUCCGCCACGGCAAGGGCCGCCGGAUCAUGGCGCACCCCGCGACCGUGGUUUAUCCCUCCGUCAUCAAGGCAAUUCCCAUCUGAGCGGGACGAUGUGCAGGACACUGAAUUCGCGUGUUUUCAGCUUUUAUUGUUGUUAAGCUAUUUCUGGAUUUGGAAAAGUAGAAAGUUAUCUUCAAUACCAUUUCUUUGAUUUGCUUCUCGCUGGCUGAUACAUUUAGUUACGUUUUGCCUUUGAUAAUGAAGUUCGUUAUA